GGUCAACUUUUGACAAGCUGGUCACACUCAUCGCUAUUCAUGACGUUUCCUACGUAUUCCUUUCAGUCAUGGACAUAUCCCUUGUAUCAGUGUUCAAUUGGCCGUUUGAUCUUAAGCAUCCUUUGAUGAUGAUGCUUAUCCCUAACUUCCUCUACCCUAUGGAGAACCUCUUAAUGAACAUCAGUGCGUUCCUUACCAUUUCCAUAGCAUUUGAGAGGUGGCUGGCUGUUUGCAAAGCAAUCGUACACAGGGAUUUGGAGGGAACAUUCCUUGGAGGGUCAUGUAUACACUACAUUUUCUGCGCAACAUUGUCCUGCCUUCUCAACAUUCCAAAAUGGUUUGAAGCAAAAGUGGUUGAAGUACCGCACUUCAUUGGAACGAAGAGUUCCCAACGGAACGACAGUACAUUCUGGAGUACCAAACCAGGACAUGUGCACACAGACCUCAGAGAAAAUCCUUAUUAUAUUCUGUUCGGAAUGACUCUACCAAGAUGGAUAUUCAUUUCGAUGGGGCCUCUUAUCCUCUUGCUGACCUUCAGCUGUCUCACUCUUCGCGGCAUCAAGGAGUUCAACGCCCGAACCAAUCAAACAACCAACCAAGUUCAGAUCACCAGAAUCACAACCUGCCUCGUUCUUGAGUUCAUUAUACUUAAUAUACCCAGAAACAUCCUGAUAAUCUCUGAAGGAUUUAUUGCCGAAGAAGAUGACCCAGAAUGGUUUCGUUGUUUGUUAAGUGUGAACAACAUGCUGCAGAUCCUGAACUCCAACCUGAAUUUUUGGUUCUAUGCUGGGCUUAAUAAUCAUUUUCAGGAGGGGUUAAAAUCCUUGAUCUACAGUUGCAGACGCAGCAAUCCACACAGCGAAACUCCAGAUCCUGAAGCUGGAACUGAUACUCCCGUUAACAUGGAAACCCAUAUUACACUCAGUGAAGCUAAUCGCAGUAACUCUAAAGACGUUGUUUUAUCAACCCAGAUUGCACUAAAUGAUUCUGAUUGCAAUGGCACAGAGGUCUAAAGACGUUAUUAUAACAAUCCAAAUCGCAAUCGAAGUUAUCUGAUCUGGAUUGCAAUGGAACGUAUGUAGGCUGGACAUGUUCCUACUUUUUCAAGUGGUUUUGUUAACUGUUGGUUCCAACCGUUUUUAAGAUAAUAUAGGUUGCAGUUAGUUUUAAAGGGUAAUUACAAAACUUUGUUUCGUUAAUGGUAUUAUCCGUUUUUUAAAAGUCACCGUUAGUUAACGAUCUCAAUUUUAUUAAUGGCUUUACAGAAAAUGUUUAACAACCGUUAACAGCUCCAGCAGUUAACAGUGCCGUUAUUACAGAAUUUAAAAAAAUUUGUUAACGGUUUAUAAAACCAUUAACGGUUGUGAACACGGAAAAUGACAUUUAAAUACCUUAAAACACAAGAAAUGUUUUUUUCUACAAGAAAUUCACCCCUU